AUGACGAAUUUAUGUGUUUACGUUGGAUUAUUUCUGCUGCUUGCGGCUGGCGGCGGAGCGCAUCUGAACCUGUAUCUGAACCAGCUCGAAGUCAUGCGAUUACUCGGACUCUCAGCCGAACUGUACUACGUUCGCGAAGGACAAGUUAACGAAUAUGCGCUCCACUUCACCGUUCCGGUGCCGGCAAAUGUUCAGGAUAUUUCGUUCACGUGGCAGAGUUUGGCCGGUAAACCGUUACCCUACAAAAUUAGCAUAGUUACUUCGGAUCCGUCGGUGCUCCCGAAACCGUCGAUGAACAUUUCUCGAGUUGGUGAAAUUCCAACUCAGAUCGAAACGUUUGCCAUUGCACUCAAAUGUGCCGGUCGUGAUCCAGCCGAGGUUGAAGUCACAAUCACCAUCGAGGUGACGCUGAAUCGAGCUACGGGGAACGCCACGGAACUUGUUUUCCGCAGGAAAAAGAUUUGUCUGAAUAAUGACCACCCGGAUGUAAAUCAACCAGAUCCUUACCUGCUGGAAACGGUAAACCACACUCCGAGCGGCUUGGUGACUCUCGUCGUGGGCAGCACGCUUGCAAUCGUUUUAGUUGUGAUUCUUAUCUCGAUUGCGUACUGCGCCCGAGGUUCUCUGAAACGCAAACCACACCAUGCCCAACCGAUUCGAACAUCAAGCUUCCAGCGUCUGCAAACUCACCCACCAUCUGCACCGUCCUCAAUCGUAUCACCUCCUUCGAUCGCCCCUACUAUCGCAACGCUGUCUCGUAGCAAAAUCUAUGCGAACGCCGAACCGGAAGAACUCCAACGACGCAUAUCCGAGUUGACCGUCCAGCGCUGUCGCGUUCGGUUAUCAUCCCUACUACAGGAAGGCACUUUCGGCCGUGUCUACCGAGGUUCCUACAAUGACAGCCAAGAAGUCCUGGUCAAAACCGUCGGCCAACACGCCUCCCAGAUCCAAGUUUCCCUACUCCUUCAGGAAGGCAUGAGUUUGUACGGUGCACAACACCCAGGAAUCCUCUCCGUGCUGGGAGUUUCCAUCGAGGACCACACCGCACCGUUUCUACUCUACCUAGCUCCAGACAAUAUGCGAAACUUGAAGAUCUUCCUCCAAGAACCGGUCGCUCGCACAAUGACCACAAUCCAAAUCGUGAAAAUCCAGCUCCAAUUGGCGCAAGCUCUUGGUCACCUACACAGCCAUGGUGUAAUCCACAAAGACAUCGCAGCUCGUAACUGCGUAAUCGACGAUCAGCUGCGGGUCAAGCUGGCGGAUAACUCCCUAUCACGGGAUCUCUUCCCGGGUGACUACUACUGUCUGGGAGACAGCGAAAACCGUCCAAUCAAGUGGCUUGCACUGGAAUCGAUCCAGUACAAGCAGUUCAGCGAAGCUUCCGAUACGUGGGCUUUUGGUGUUUUGAUGUGGGAACUGUGCACUCUGGCAAGGCAGCCCUACGCUGAGGUUGAUCCUUUCGAGAUGGAACACUACCUCCGCGAAAACUACCGACUGUCGCAACCGAUCAAUUGUCCGGAUGAGCUAUUCGCAAUCAUGGCCUACUGCUGGACGAUGCUUCCGAUGGAGCGACCGUCGUUCGAACAACUGCAAGUCUGCCUGCAGGACUUCUACGCGCAGCUGACGCGGUAUGUCUAG